UCUGUAAUCUGCUUCCUGCGAACUUUCUAGUGCGUGUUUUUAGUGUGUGUGACCUUUAGAAAGCUACUACAGAAAGUUUAGAGCUUAUAAAGUGAAUUAAAUCAUGGGGUUUGAAAGGAAAAUGAUCACUUAUGGAGAUCCCGAUGACGAGGAGGAGGAAUCUCCAGCUGAAGAAGAGGAGGAAGAAGAAGAAGAGGAAGAAGAAGACCUGGUGGACCCGUUAGAGAGCAUCCGGGAGAAGUGUGAGCAGACAGAGCACUGUGUUCACGCCAGGCAGAGGCUGGAGGCGUGUGAAGCUCGGGUCGGCUCGAGGUCCGAGACCACCGAGGACUGCACUGAGGAGCUCUUCGACUUCCUACACGCUCGAGAUCACUGCGUGGCACAUAAAGUCUUCAGUUCAUUAAAGUGAUCGAUCUACACUACCUCCACAGACUCCAUAUAGACAGCUAUAUCAUCUUCAGACUGCAGCGAUUAGAUUUAAUCAGUAUCUACAGGACUAAAUCUAGAUCUACUUGAAUUGCAACUCAUUGUCUUACAUGUUAUUGUGAAUAAAAUUUAUAUGGUAAUAAUUUAA